AUGAGUACCCAAACCGAGGUAAUGACCAGAGGGGAUGGCCGUACGAACGCACAGAUGCGACCACUGGAGAGUGAGCAGUCACCACUAAACAGAGCAGACGGGUCUUCAAGGUUUUCACACGGAGAUACUAGUGUAUUAGUAGGUAUAUACGGGCCUGUAGAUGUAGCUAUACACAAAGAACAAAUAGAUAGAACAACUAUAGAGGUGAAUGUACGGGCUAAAGGCAUUCCUGGUAUUUCAGAGAGGGCGUGGGAAGUAAAGUUAAGGAGUGUGAUCGAGAGUUUGGUGCUAGGAAGUGGAUUCCCUCGAACAAGUAUAGUCAUCUCCGUGCAGGCAUGA